UUACAGAAGGGCCAUUUCUGGUUCUUCAGUGAGACGCGUUUAGGGGUAGGGCAUUGCAAAGAAACGGUGUAGUCUAGCCGCUUGAUUCAGAGAGAGAGAGAGAGAGAGAGGAGAGAUCCAUUUUUGGCGAGAGCGCGCGAGAAAGCUUUGUUUUCUGAGCUCGAGGCAACAAAAAGCGACAGAAUGAUCAUCGUCAUUGAAGAUCAGGAUGCCUUUAACAAAGCUCUUGCUGAGGCAGGCGAUAAACUGGUAGUGGUUGACUUUACAGCUACGUGGUGUGGGCCUUGUCAGAGCAUCGCUCCAUUUUACAAAGGUCUUUCUGAAAAUCCUGCCAACUCUAAUGUGGUCUUCCUCAAAGUAGACGUGGAUGAUGCUCAGGAUGUGGCCCAGUCUUGUGAGAUCAAAUGUAUGCCAACAUUCCACUUCUACAAGAAUGGGAAAAAGGUGGAUGAAUUUUCUGGGUCCAACCAAGCUAAACUGGAAGAGAUGGUGAACAACAACAAAUGAUCAGCCCUAAUGAGAUGGCCUCAUAAGUUUCCUGUGCAGCCCAAGCUCCAAGUUUACUAACAAUAACACCCUGAAUUUCAUUUUCUAAUUAAAGAUUUUCUUAGAAUGAUUUUAGCUUGUAAAAAUCUGCCUUACCUAUUUAUCAUCAUUUCCAUAAUUAACGAUUACCUCUGUCUGUAGGCUCUUUAAACCUGUGUGUUAAAACUCAGCUUAGCAAAGGUCAAUAAAUUAACACAAUUAUAAAAAACAAAAAAUACGAUAAUACAUUUGUUUAUGUGUCUUUGAAAAUGUCCCACUCUACACUAUUUCAAAACCAAGUCUUCUGAAACUUGCUUUUCAUGGAGAAAAUGUUUUUGUGGUUUCAAAUUUUUCAAAUUAAAAAGAGAAUUGUGUUAUGGAAUUAAA